ACCGGGUUCAGUACUGGACCGAGUCCCGUUGAAACAGUAUCUAGUCUCUGGAUUUAGUGCAUCGUGAGUAGACUAUUUGUCGUUUGGCGACGAUGUCACGAUUCUGUGCUAAUUUCGUGGCGAUCGUAGCCUUUGCGUGCUACGUUGAACACGUUUCCGGUGAAACGUGGGAGACCAGCUGGAACAUUCCAAACAGAGGACAUCCAAUUUUCGUGAGCUAUGGUGUUUCAGAUUUUACGAAACUCGACGGACUUUCUUCUUCGGCAAGUUCGAUCACGUAUUACAAGAGUAACUUACCGAAUAUCGAAGGAAACGUAUUUUAUCGCUUCCAAAAGACUCUGAAGAAUUUAGACAUUCACGAGUCAAAGGUCCAGACUAUAAGUUCAGAUGCAUUUUACAAGCUCAGUCACUUAAGGAACUUGACUCUUUGGGGAAACAAAUUGAACGAUGUUUUCGAAGCCUGGUUUAAGGAUCUGGGUGAAUUAAGAAAUUUGGAUCUAUCCUUCAAUCAAAUUAUUUACAUCCAGGAAACAGCAUUUACGAAAAUGCCUAAAUUAGAAAAUCUCUAUAUUGAUCAUAAUCGCUUGAAUACAAUGAACCCGGCCGUCUUUACGUAUUUGGGAAAUCUGAAGACAAUACGGCUCGGAAAGAAUCCGUGGGACUGGUGGUACCGCACACUAAUCAUGCGACAGCUGGACGACCAGCGUAUCUCCUAUUCAAACGACUCGGAAGAUUUCAAAUGGUUAAACCACAUUAUAUGGAGUUGUAUAGAAAAACAGCAAGCGAAAAAUGACGACGAUACGAUACUGGAUUGCGCGUCAGCUUAUCUGCUGACAGAAACGUCAAACGUUUUUAACAGCAGUCAAAAAUACUGCAGCCAAGAAGCGCGAAAUCUUUACUUCUGCGAAAAGACUCACGACGAAAAGAGAAACGUGUCAAUGACACCAAAAGUUGCAGUGCGAAAAGUUUUCCAAGCAUUUAUUGGCGCUGUUAAUACAAUGCUGUUUGCAGACGCAGAGCUAAGUUAUCGCAAAGGUGUAGUUCCAGAAUCUACGAGGGACGAUAUUGCAGUCUUCGGAGAUUGAGUACACAUAACUGGCCUGCCCUCUUUGGUACGAUAAUAUUCUAGGAAUUUCCAAUAGGAGAAAUGCGAAUUACUUAUACGU